AUGGAUACCGGGAAAGAAACUAAGAAAUCUUCAUAUCCAGGGUUUCAGACAACGUUAAUUGACAGUUUAAUCCCUGAAAUCAGCGAAGAUGGAAUCAAUUUGAAUAGUUCCAGUGAGUUUGAUAGACUUAUUACUCACUUGGAAUUGUCAUUCUACAACCGUGAGGCAUUACCCAUCCCUUCAACAAAUAUUAUUAGAAUUUUAUUUACAUUAGCAUCUCGAAGUCCCGAUAGUAAUUGGACGGUAUCUAAUAACUUACUGGAUGAUAUACCAACUUCGCGUCAACGAAUCAAACCUAAAAGUUCAUUUUAUGAAGACUCGAAUGGGAAAGGAAAUCUUUGUGAUCGAAGUAUUAAACUUAUUGACAAAUAUAUUCAAGAAUUACCUAAUGAGAAGUUAUAUAAGAACCUAACUAGCUUUAUGAAUGAUUUCAUGGAACUGUCAGGUAGAAGAAAUAGAACCAAAAUGCCUCAAAAAUAUGAAGAUGUUCUAGUCAUUAUGAGACAAUCUCCCAAGAAAAGAAUGACUUCUUCUGAAUGUGUAACUCAAUCAGAUAUCGAUGAUUCAGAUAAUGCAGAUUUAGAUGAAGUUGGAGAUUCAGAGGAUGAUGAUGACGAAAGUGGUGGUACUACUCAUCGUGAUGAUUUCCUUAUGGAACAAGAAAUUAACAAGUAUCAAAAUAUGCCAGUAGAAAACAAGUACAACUUUAAUGAUGGUACAAAUCAAUCGGGUGUGAAUAAUCCUUCGGUUUUGUUUAAUCGUGAUGAUUCUCCAGUUCCCAAACCGAAAUGGCAAGGAAUAAAAGUUUAUGACGAAUCCUUGUUGAGUAAUAGGUUGAGUCCUAGAUUGAAUGAUUUUGAUCUAUGGCGCUUGAUAAAUUUUACGUUUUAUUGUGCUGGACGACGAAAUAUUGUGUUUGAUUCUACCUAUGAAAGUUGUCACAUGAUUUAUACUGCACAGGCUGCAACCAUAGAUAAAAUAUUCAGCAUCAUUGAAAUCAAUUUGGUUAAAGAAUUCAGCAAAAUGUUCCCCGAUGGUAAAGACGAUCCUUAUAAGUGGUUAUUUAAGCAAUCUUUAACAAGAAGAAUGCUUGCUAUGGAUCAGAUAUCACAAAAUAGUACAUUGUUCUUACUGAAUUUAUUGAAGCAAUUGGGGUAUUUAAGAAAUAAUUGGUAUGAUAGAAUUGCUGAGUAUGUGUUCAAUGGUCUAGUAUGUAAAGAAUCACCACUGUCAUCAAAAACAGAAUCACAAUUGCGAAUACCCACCACUUGUUAUGAACACGAAAGAAUAUUACUCAAAAAAUCUUUCAACAAAUAUAAAGCAGAAACUGAAAAGUUUGCAUACUACAAUGAUAAUAUUGAUUCAAUGAAAUUGAGAUUUAAAAUUAUCAAUACAGUUCAUUACUGGAGUUUGGCAUUUGAUAAAGUCACUCGGGAUGGAAUCACUAGAUCUGAAAGACUGAAUACAAAUUUUCUAGAGCCUGCCGUUUUGAUAGACGAAGUGGCCAAGAAGUUCAUGGUUAUUGAAUACGACUAUUGGGUUGAAUUUUACUAUUCCCUGUUGAUGGAAUCAAGUAUUCCUUUGAAUUAUCGAGAUAUUUUGUUGGUGAAUUUGUCAAGUAAAUUGUUGCAUAAUUUGACUGGAAGUAGACAAUGGAGUUUCAAGCUCUAUCCUCGUGAUGAUAAGAAACACCCAGAUUGGAGGUCCUCCAAUUUUAAGUUAGUUCUAGAUUGGAUGAAAGAUAGAGAAUUGUACUUGUCAUUCAUUGAAGACGAGACUUAUCAAUCGUUUGCUCAUUUCAAGGAACUAUGGAAGAAAUACAAUUUUGUUCUCGGAUGGGUAUUCUCAUUUGCAUUAAGAGACGUUACAGAGGUAGGCUAUGAUACUUUGAUUAAAAAAGAAUUCUUACAAUCAGCAUGUAAGCAAAUGGAUAUCUUAAGAGAGCAAGUGUACAUGCAAUUUAUCAAAAAUUGUAAAGAUGGUAGUAAUGAUUUACCUUUUAAAUUAACUAUAACGGAAGCUAACAAAUUGGAAUCUGAACCUCGAUCCUGGGAGAAAUUCACAUCCAUUAUAUCAAAUACAUUGUUGAACUAA